AUGGCGGCGUUACCAUAUUCCUUGAAUCUGAGACCAAUGCUAGUACAUGAAAGACGAUUGAUCUCACAAGACGAUAGUAUGAGCAUGUUCUUCCACCUUCACUUUGAUUACACUGAUCAAGCAACUUCCACAAGAUUCUACAGACAAGUCAUCAUUCUUUCACUAAUCUUGUGCCAUUGUAGCGAGUAUACACUCCAAGACAUAGAUUACGCUAACUUCUUGCGACGCUUCUUCUCCUCUGUGCCUAUUUCCCGUGAAUUGUUGGACUCGAUUCUUCCUCGAUUGGCUGAAUGCGCUAGAGACAUGAUGAUCGCACAAAACAACAUUGAAGGACGUGUGUUAAAGCAUAUCGAUGUCAGGAUUGUCGUGGCAAGGCAACCACAAGUUGGAGAUGAUCAUGUGAGGAUUCAUCAGCAUGUUCCUUUGCCAUCUCAAGUUGUGGAUUUGUUAGAGAAAGUCACAAGUUCUAGUGACCAAUAUUGUGCAAUUUGUUUGGAGGGGUUUUGCAAUAAUGGGUUGAAGUCAGAAAUUGUUAGCACUAAAUGCUCACACAUUUUUCAUAAAAUGUGUAUUGCUCAAUGGCUCCAUCAAUGUGUUAGCAAUCGAGCAUCUUAUACUUGCCCCUUGUGUCGCUGUGGAAUGAUAUGA